AUGGCGCGUGAUAAUACAACACCGCUGAGGAGAUUGAAGAUGCAUUUCGAUCGCCAGAUGAAGAAACAGAAGCAAACCGAAAGCGCAGAAGGAACAACCGGCGUGUAG